CAAAAAUUUUACUCAAGUAAGAGUAGCGUUACUUCAAAAUAAUAUUACUCAAGUAAAAGUAGUCAUGCAAAAAAUGUACUCAAGUACACGUAUAAAAGCAUUUGGUGAAAUAAAUACUAAAAUAAUGAGUAACAUUGUGAGUAACUGCUUAUAUUGUUGUUGGAUUUUUUUUUUCUGAGCACAAAGUUAUCUAUAUGAACUUUUGUUAUGAUACUGUACAAUAACCCAUUACAUAACCACAUUAAGCCAAAUAAAUACAAAAAAAGAAUAAAAAUCAUUGAAUUUCCACGAAAGAAAAAAAAAUUACAUAAAUGAAGCAUUAUUCGUCCAAAGAGCAUGAAUGCCCUCUGGUGGAGAAAAUAGUUUGUAGUUUGAAUAGUGAAGAGUUCCUUCAUAAUUACUACUUUUAAAUUAAAAGGAUCAUAUCUCAGGUUUUCGGUAUCAAUCAGUGCCAAAUAAAAACAGGGAGAGAGGUUAGAAUCCACGUUUUCGAGUCAUGUUGAGGGCAGCGCUCUAUAUCAAAUAAUUCAUUUUUUACGGUGCUUUAAGAUACAAUGGCAAGCUUGCGCCUGAUUGGUAUAAUGGAGUCAUGUGAUUAUUGUUGCGACGUCUCAUCGGUGAAACCGGUAGAGCUACUUUUAGCCUAGCUGGCUAAAAAAAUAUCUCAUAUGUACAAUAAAAAUGUAACGACUCUGGUGUAGCACAAAGUAGGGGAGUAAAGCUUGAGUUAUGCUUCUACGUUGCAGUGACGGCACAGCUACUACGGCGUCAACGAGCAUUCCAAAGUUCUAUGGCAAGGGAACACCUUGCUCUGUAAUUUACUGUCAAGCCACUAGAGGUGCUGGAGCCUAUCCCAGCUAACUACGGGCAGUAGGCAGGGUACACCUCGAACUGGUUGCCAGCCAAUCACAGGGCACAAUGAUCCAUACAACCAAUCAUGCACACACUCAUACCUACGGACAAUUUAGAGUGUUCAAUCAGCCUACCAUGCAUGUUUUUGUGACAUGGGAGGAAACCGGAGUCCCCGGAGAAAACCCACGCAGGAGAACAUGCAAACUCCACACAAUUAUUUUACAUUAUUUAUUUAUUUAUUAUGUUUUUUUUGUUUUUUUUAAAAUAAAUUUUUAUGUCAAAUUUUCGAGACAAUUUCCGUUAAAAAUUUCCACUAUAUCCUGUUUCAAGCUACUUAAGUUGUUCUUUGGCAAGUCACAGAACAGCCUUUAAGAUGUAAACACAACCAGCCAUUAAAGUAGGAAUAGCAGAACACAGAAAGAAUGGAUGGAAACUUGGUAACUAAAAUGAAGGUGUUUUGCUAAGGAGACUUAACCUCAGUUUUGUUGGUCAGUCAGCCAAUCACAUUUUGCUCACCACAGUUAAAGAAACCCCUCUUCAAAGCUUUGAAGCAAUAAGUCACACUGUCAGAAUCUCUUUAGAGAAAGACGCUACGACACUAUCCCAUGGAUUCCAUCUGUUUUCCGUCUCCAACCACAUGAACCUGUGCAACACAACACGCCUACUGUCCACCACAGCUGAACAAAGCGAAAGUAAAAAGUCCCUCUCUCACUCUGUCAAGUCAGCCACGCAGUGCGUUCAGCCUUUUUAAGCAUGGCUCACACGAGCCUCAGUGCGGAGUCAUGUUAGCUUUGGGCCGCAGCAACUCUUCGUCCUCACCGCUGAUCCCUCGCCCCUCAAAUGUCAGCGGAGGCAAAGCGGUGGCCAGAGGGGCCCUUGAGAUGUCGCAGCAGCAAAAUCUGACCACCAGCGGUAUGGUGGUGGUGGUGCUGCCUAUGACGUUAGGCAUCGUCUCAAACAUUGUGGCCCUCUUCAUCCUUGUGCAUGCUUACUCGCUCCAGCGACGACGCUCCAAAGCCACAUUCCUCCUCUUUGCUACCUCCUUGGUGGUAACAGACUUCAUGGGCCACCUGAUCCCCGGUGCCCUGGUUCUGAGACUCUACAUCUCUGGAGGUGUGCGACCAGAGGAUUCCAACUCUCCCGACGCCCUGUGCCAAUUCCUGGGAGGAAGCAUGGUGUUUUUUGGCCUGUGCCCACUCUUCCUUGGUUGUGCCAUGGCUGCGGAGCGAUGUCUAGGUGUCACCAAGCCUCUCCUGCACUCCUCCCUGGUCACCACAACACAUGUUAAAAUGUGCCUGUCUGUGAUUUGGCUGGCGGCCCUGUGCGUGGCCUUGCUGCCCUGCUUUGGGCUGGGCUCGUACGCCUACCAGGACCCUGGAACCUGGUGCUUCAUUCAAGUGCUUAGUGACAUUCACGAGAGCGACGUGGCGUUUGUGUUGCUUUUCUCUGGGCUGGGCCUGACUUCCCUGGCUGCUGCAGUGGUAUGUAACAGCGUGAGUGGCCUGACGCUGGUGCUCGCUCGGCUCAGGAGGAAACCUGGGUCCCAUCAUCCCGCCAAGUCACAUGACAUUGAGAUGGUGGUGCAGCUGUUGGGAAUCACAGUGACCUCCUGUAUUUGCUGGUGCCCUCUGCUGAUCUUUGGCCCGAUGUCGGCAAUCCACUCCUACAACGGACCCAUUGAAGAGGACCUUCCCAAUUACAAAAUGCUACUGGUGAUGGGUGUGCGACUGGCCACGUGGAACCAGAUCCUAGACCCCUGGGUCUACAUCCUGCUACGCCGAACCGUCCUAAGGAAAAUCUACCUCAUUGCAAAGUGCCAAGCGGGUCUAGGGGGGAAUUUCUUUUCGUGCUUGGACACAUCAUCUCCUCCCCAGUCAGAGAAAAAUGAAGUCAACCAAGUCUAAACUGGGAGAACUUGUCAAUUAAAAAAAAAAAAAAAAAAGGGAAUUAAAAAAGUUUCAUAAAACAAUAUGUGGGGGUCUACUACGUGCAACGUUUCUUGCCAGGUCCACUGCAGAAAUAAUUAAGGACUAUGAAGUUGUUGUUUUUUUCUUUCUUACAAAUGGAAGCUAGCUAACUGCUGUGGUUUUGCACAUAACUUUACAAACAUCCUGUUUACUUAAGAAAGCAUUGUUUCAUGCUGGAUUCUCAUGAAGACAACGGAAUGUAUAAUGUGCUGCAAAACUAAGGUAGUACCUCUACUUACAAAAUUAAUUGGUCCUGGGAAUAGUUUCGUAACUUGAAAAAGUCAAGACACGUUUUCCAUGUAAAUGCCCUAAUCCGUUCCAAGACCCCCAAAAUUCAGACAUAAAUCUUUUGUAAUGCAUCAAAACAUGUAACAAAUACGUUACAACUAUUAAAUGCCAUUCCUGGAGAAAUUGCGAUGGUAGCUUUGCUUUCGCAGGUCAACCCCUUGUUACCCCAUGUCCUUCUGAUUUCAGGUCACUUCCUGUUGUUGAUUUGAGGACACUCCAGGGUUACUUCGUGUUGAUUUGGGGACAUUUCAGGGUUACUUCCUGUUUAUAUCAGGUCACUUCCUAUUGAUUUGGAGACAUUAUGUUGAUAUCAGGUCAAUUCGUGUUGAUAUUUUGACGUACAUCGCCGUCAAUGGCCUCGAUUUACAUAGGCAUCAAUAGAAUCAAUAUAUAUGGCUGUCAAUGGCAUUGACAUACAUGGCCAUCACUGGCAAGGACGUACAUGGCUGUCAAUGGGAUCAACUCACUUGGGCGCCACUUGAAUGUCAAUGGACUGUAAUGGUAAGCUUUUGGUCAGAAAUCAAAACCACCCAAGUUUUUCUCCCAUUGAAAAUGAAGGGGAAAUUUUGGGUAUUAGAAAUGAAUAGAAUGACGUCCCUGGCAACGGCAUCCUAUUAGAAAGGAAUAGGAACUUUUGGCGAAUUUGGGAGGAACUGUAGAUGUUUGGCAAAUUCUAUAUACAAUUUUUAUGCUCUUACCGUCCUAAAAAAUUUUUUAUGUAUAAUUUAUGUGAAUUGGAUAAAAAAUGUAGGACUAUAUAGAUUUGGGGGGGGGGGGGUUUCCCCAAAAAAACACUUGUUUUGGCGCAAACUCCAAUUUUUGAGUGGGGGAUAAAAAAAAAAAACAAGUAUAAAGAAUAAAAGUGAAUAGACUCAUGUAAAGCUGUUGGAACACGAGGGGUGAAUGAAGAGGACGCUGGGAUACAAAAAUACCCAAACAGUAGAAGUCCCUCUUAGCCAAUUAGAUGCCAGGAAUGUUAGGCAAUAGCUAAUAGCAGAGCAGCUAUAUAUCGUUACAUUCAGUAAACUCUGGGAGCUACAAGUACCAGCCAUACUGUAUUUUUGCCUUUCGUAUCCUGAAAUUUCUUUGGUAACAAGAGGAUAUUUUCCCUUUGAAGUGUGUCUCAACCUGAAAAUUCUGUAUGUAGAUACUUUCAUAAGUAGAGGUACCACUGAUCUGUAUUUAUUUUUUUGGACCAUAAGGCGCACUUAAAUCCUUCAUCCCCCCAAAAAAUGACAGUGCACCUUAUAUAUGAAUUCUUGUUGUGCUUCCUGACCUUGACCCGAUUUAGUUGGAGCAUAACUGUAUUAUACUGCUCCGGUAAAGUGCUCAAGACACACAAGCCAUUCAGCUAACAGCUAACGUUAAUGUAUGAGAGAAUAUACAUGUGGGAAAACUUGAUAGUCUUGAAGUUACACCUCAAAUUACUGAGAAAAUGCAAGAAAAAAAUAAACAAGUAAAGCAAUCACAUUGUGAUAAAUGACUGUCAUUGAAAUUACAAUAUUUUUGAUGAAUAAUUUCCCCAGUUUUUUCUGACUCAUGAAUGAAUCACUGGAUUUGGAAAUCAUAUUAAUCAAACUCAAAAAAUAAAUAUUAACAUAGGAACCAACCACUACAAGUGCUAAAAAGUCCCCAAGGGAUAGGCUUCACUCUGUAGGGGGUGUAUUUUCAAAAACUUAAAAUUCAAAUAUUUUCAAAGCUGCUAGCGACCUAAAACCUAAACAGGCACCAAAAAAUUCAAAGUUGUUCCCUAAUAAAAUCCCGAUUAUUUUUAUAUAACAAAUAUUAAAAUGGCGAUUAAACUCUCAGCUUUUACACUAAAUGCACAAAAAUCACCAAAUGCAGAGAUAACUUCCUAUAUUUUCUGGAUCAAUAGCAAUAUUAACAUAUAUAAGUUUUUGAUGGAAAUAGCAACUUAAAUUUUAGUGCAGUUUUGAUAUAAAUUUUCAAAAGCUAAUAAAUCACUCAAUUUUCACGUCAAAGACUUAAUACCUGAGGUAAGCAUGCAGAAUCAUCGUAAUUUUACUCAACAAAAGCAAAAUUUGCAUUUUUCUAUAUACAAUCACAACUUAUUUAGGUUGAAUUCCGAUGUCACUAUGGCCUCAGCACGUCUUGCCGGCUAUCUGGCCCUCGUCAUUUUUAGAUUGAAAUGUUACACAAAACACGUAAAACCCUAAUUCUUUUUGUAUGGACGCACAAAUGUCUAAAUUACUAUUUUUUUUUGCCAAAAAUGGGCAUUUGCUUAAAAUCACCUGUUGAUUUGAAUGUAAAGUUACCCUAUUGUG